CACGUGAGAGGAUCGUGCCGGAUUCCUCCGGUGCGGCGGCGGCUAACUGCCGGGCGUCCGGCGGGGCUGAGAUUGCUGGCCCGGCGCGCGUGGGUGGCCCGAUGCGGCGACGGCUCCGUAGGCUGUGAGCCGGGUGUCCGGCAUCAGAGCCCCGUGUGCCGCCGUGGGGCCUCGCGUCCCGGGCACACGGGAUGCGGGCGGCCGACUCGGGCUCGUGGGAGCGCGUCCGCCAGCUCGCGGCACACGGCCAGCCGACUCCGUCCUGCGGCCGGGACACCGGGCCCCUGCGCGCUCCGGAACCUGGAGCCUGCGAGCUAUGCACGGAUGCUGCGGCGCCUCGAGAGCAGCAGCGAGCUGGGGCGGUCACCGAUGCUGCCGAUGGCUACGGCAGCCAGCUGGUGCUCCUGCGGGAGGAAGUGGUCCAGCUUCAGGAGGAAGUGCACCUUCUCCGGCAGAUGAAGGAGAUGCUGGCCAAGGACCUGGAGGAGUCACAGGGCGGCAAGUGCUCCGAGGUCCUCUCAGCCACGGAGCUUCGGGUGCAGCUGGUGCAGAAGGAGCAGGAGCUGGCCAGGGCCAAAGAAGCCUUGCAAGCCAUGAAAGCCGACCGGAAGCGCUUAAAGGGCGAGAAGACCGACUUGGUGAGCCAGAUGCAGCAGCUGUACGCCACCCUGGAGAGCCGCGAGGAGCAGCUGCGAGACUUCAUCCGCAACUACGAGCAGCACCGCAAGGAGAGUGAGGACGCCGUCAAAGCGCUGGCUAAGGAGAAGGACCUGCUGGAGCGAGAGAAGUGGGAGCUGCGGCGGCAGGCCAAGGAGGCCACAGACCAUGCCGCUGCUCUGCGUUCCCAGCUGGACCUCAAGGACAACCGCAUGAAAGAACUGGAGGCCGAGCUAGCCAUGGCCAAGCAGUCCUUAGCCACACUGACCAAGGAUGUUCCAAAGCGGCAUUCACUCGCCAUGCCUGGCGAGACGGUGCUCAAUGGCAACCAGGAAUGGGUGGUUCAGGCUGACCUCCCGCUGACUGCUGCCAUCCGUCAGAGCCAGCAGACGCUCUACCACUCCCACCCUCCCCACCCUGCAGACCGGCAAGCGGUCAGGGUGAGCCCCUGCCACUCACGGCAGCCUUCCGUCAUCUCCGAUGCCUCUGCUGCUGAAGGUGACCGGUCAUCGACACCAAGCGACAUCAACUCCCCACGACACCGGACGCACUCCCUCUGCAACGGCGACAGUCCCGGCCCAGUUCAGAAGAGCCUGCACAGUCCUAUUGUACAGUCACUAGAGGAUCUUGAAGACCAAAAACGGAAAAAGAAGAAAGAGAAGAUGGGAUUCGGCUCCAUCUCUCGAGUCUUCGCCAGAGGGAAGCAACGGAAGUCCCUCGACCCGGGCCUCUUUGAUGACUCCGACAGCCAGUGCAGCCCCACACGGCACAGCCUCAGCCUGUCCGAGGGCGAGGAGCAGAUGGACCGGCUACAGCACGUGGAGCUGGUGAGGACCACGCCCAUGUCCCACUGGAAGGCUGGCACAGUGCAGGCCUGGCUGGAGGUGGUGAUGGCCAUGCCCAUGUACGUCAAGGCCUGUGCAGAGAAUGUCAAGAGUGGGAAGGUGCUUCUCAGCCUGAGUGACGAGGACCUGGAGCUGGGCCUGGGCGUGUGCAGCUCCUUGCACAGGCGCAAGCUCCGCCUGGCCAUCGAGGACUACCGUGACGCCGAGGCUGGCCGCAGCCUGUCCAAAGCAGCUGACCUGGACCAUCACUGGGUGGCCAAGGCCUGGCUGAAUGACAUCGGCCUAUCCCAGUAUUCCCAGGCCUUCCAGAACCACCUGGUUGAUGGGAGGAUGCUGAAUUCCCUGAUGAAGCGGGACCUGGAGAAGCACCUGAACGUCUCCAAGAAGUUCCACCAAGUCAGCAUCCUGCUGGGGAUUGAGCUCCUGUACCAAGUGAACUUCAGCAGGGAGGUCCUCCAGGAGCGCCGAGCCCGCUGUGAAACGCAGAACACAGACCCGGUGGUCUGGACCAACCAGCGGGUGCUCAAGUGGGUACGCGAUAUCGACCUGAAGGAGUAUGCAGACAACUUGACUAACAGCGGUGUCCACGGUGCUGUGCUGGUGUUAGAGCCCACGUUCAAUGCCGAGGCCAUGGCCACCGCCCUAGGCAUCCCCAGUGGGAAGCACAUCCUCCGAAGACACCUGGCAGAGGAGAUGAGCACCAUCUUCCAUCCGAACAACUCCACAGGCAUCCGGGAGUCUGAGCGCUUUGGGACGCCACCUGGCAGAGCCUCGAGCAUCACCAGAGCUGGAAAAGAGGAAGGGAGCAGCAACAGCAAGUACAGAGGCGGGCGGCUGCCCCUGGGGAAGAUAGGAAGAGGUUUCAGCAGCAAAGAAGCUGAUUUUCACGACGACUAUGGCUCUCUUGAGAACGAGGACUGUGCGGACGACGACCUCCAGGGCAGGCCUGAGCAGUGCCGCCUGGAGGGAUACAAUAGCCUGGAGGUCACCAAUGUGUAAGAAAACCUUGGGACUCGGCUACAAAAGCAGAGAGAGAAGAGCAGCCCCACAUUCCAGUGCCAUCCAUCCCCACUGUACAGAGAGGUCUGGGGCUGAGGGCAGAUGCCAGGACAGCCUUCCCAGAGACGGCUGCCACUUCCAGUGGGCACCAAGGACAGAGAAUGCCCACCUAGGUGUCUUAUAUCUCUGAAGACAGGCCCCGAGGACACGUCACCCAGUCAUGACCCAGCAGGUGACCCCGGUGCUGUGGCUCACGGAACAAACUGGACGUUCCUGGCACUCUACCCUGAACUUCCAAGAAGGGGAGGAGUGUCAGUGCCAGGGCCUGGAACACCCUUCUGGAAGGGGCAGCAAACUGCCCCCUCCGCCCAGCCAGCCUUGGCAGAGCUGGGGCAUUGAGAACCGGCUGCAAAGCCAGCCAGCAGUGGCCAAGUGGUGAAUGCCGCCCUCGGCCCACUGGGCAGAGAACAUGAACUCUGACCUGGUCACUCACUCUGGAAGGAUGCAAAGUGACAUGGGCCUUCCUUCCACUUUAAGAGCACUGCAUCGUGAGGUGGACAUGUUGGGAGCAGGAGGGGAUCUCUGCAAGGCAGAGGGGCCUGGCGGCAGCAGCCCCAAAAGCUACAGGCAUCCUGUCACCAGGACAAAUGUGACUUCAAGAGUGUGUGCGUGGUGGGGGGGGAGUUGCUGAGCUCUGACCCCAAACAGUCAUUCCAAGCAUGGGCACAAAAUGAGAGAAUGCCUGUCAUUAACCCAACAAACCUCUGUUGUGACGUCACCUGAGACAGGUGUGCUCUCUCAUGACCUAACAGAGGUGCGAAUCCCACAGAACGAGGUUGCUGGGCUACCGAGCAAGGAGCUCCCAGCCCUUUUCUAGAUCUGCCACUAUUUUGCUGUGUGGCUUUCUCCCAGUGGCCUCACCUCUCUGUGCCUCAGUGUCUUACCUAUAACACUUCCGGUUCCUCCCAAGGAAGCUGAGGAUUAACAUUCGCUAACAUUUGCCACAAGCUUUGAGCCUCUCAGGAAGCAACUUAGAAGGGAUGGGAUGGGGAGGAACGAGCCUAGUAACUUCCAUC